AGGGAUGGGUAUCGAUACUGCGAUACUUCAAGGUAUCGAUACUUAAGCCUAAAGUAUCGAUUUUUUAGGAUCGAUACCGUGCAAAGUGGUAUCGCGUGGUAUCGAUAUUUUCAUGGUCGAUACCUGUCGAUACUAGCUUAAAGUAAACAUUAUCUAGAUCCCACUCUAAUAGUCAAUCAAAGAGCAACCAGCGACACCAAAAGCGCCCAUUCUGUCUGGCAACCAAAGAAAUGUCCAAAGAAAAGUAUACAACUCUUAGUAAGAUCAUUCCCAUUGUUCGAAUGAUUUCUGAUGUAAGUAUGUAUCGAAGUUCUGUAAGAGCAUAUAAUUUAAAAUAAUCGACCUAACUAUUAAAACAUAUAAUUUGAAUGAAUGCAACCCUCUGCAUACAUGGGAAUCGAUUUGCCAUCAGUUUCCUCAUUAAUAUCAAUUAGCAAAAAAAUACUUCAGUAUUGGGGACCUCAGUACCAUCCGUACGCCUAUUUUCAUUAGCCAGUAGGAUAAUGUGCGACAAAAGUUGUCGUUUGACGUCUUUCACUUUCACUUCCAAUGAGUGUUCUUAUCCAGUUUGGAUAACGAAUUUUGGUUUUCAUAGAAGAAACAGACUCAAUCAACUAAGAAGUGAGAUGAUACCGUUUUUAAUAACUCCGCAAGCGCGAACUUGUUUGAUAAAACUCAUCUAUAUCUCGUUGGAAAGGUGUUCUCGCGAGGUAUUGAAAUAUAAAAAAGAGUUCUUGAUCAAUUGCUAAAGAUAUUCUCAAAUAACUGAAAUUGUUUGUAACUCAAAAGGUGAACAAAGGAUCUCAAAACCAAUCAUCAGCGUUUUGGAUCUUUGGGGAGGUCAUUAUUUGAAGACUAGUUUAAUCAAAAUCGGCCUAGCUUGCAUUUUCGAUCGAUACCGAUACCGAUAAUAAGUAUCGAUACUUCUUCCUAUAGUAUCGAUACCGAUACCUGAAAUUACAAAACGGUAUCGCGAUAUCAAGUAUCGAUACUUUACCUCUCGAUACCCAUCCCUACCGAAAACUGCUAGUGAUUUUACUUUCGAUGAAACAAUCAGCAAGCUCGGAAAUUUAUUUGGUACAACGGAAUCUACCGUCAGUAAGCGCUAUCGUUGUCUACAGCUUGUAAAAGGUCCCACCGAGGAUUACGUAUCGUAUGGUUGCCGAAUCAAUAAAAGCUGCGUAGAAUUCGAGUUAGGCAAAAUGACGGAAGAGCAGUUUAAAUGUUGAGUCUUUGUUUGCGGUUUGAAAGACGAGGCCGACAGCGAAAUCCGUACAAGGUUGCUCACUCGAAUCGAAGAAAGGACCGACGUCACGCUAGAACAGUUAUCAGCUGAAUGUCAACGACUUCUAACUCUUCGGCAUGAUACUGCCAUGAUCGAAAAUACUGGAAGCUCGAUCAAUGCCAUACGGAAAAAGCACCAGUUUCAGCAACAAUCUCAGGAAAUUCCACGGAAAAAUCAGGAACAAUUAUUUCGUUAUUCUCAUCAGCAGCGAUUUCCGAAGCAACGCGAUGAAAAGCGAGCAUCAUUCUACGCAGGUAACAAAGUACCACCAAGCCCUUGUUGGAAGUGCGGUGCUAUGCAUUAUACUCGCUAUUGUCAAUACCAAACUCAUCAAUGUUCGGAUUGCAAUCGCUACGGGCAUAAAGAAGGCUAUUGUCGCACAGCGAAGCCGUCUUCGAAGAAAGAAAGGAGGAAAACAAACAGUGUGAAAGUGGAUAUCAAAAUAGUAAAAGUGAACUCAAUAAACGAACGCAGAAAAUUUGUGACAGUUGAACUUAAUGGUGUAUCAGUGAAAUUACAGUUCGACACCGCAUCAGACAUUAGUGUUGUGUCACUUGAGACCUGGAACAGGCUCGGAAAACCAUUAACAAGACUCCCAACGGUGUGUGCUAAAGCAGCAUCAGGUGAUCCUCUUAAACUACUGUCAGAGUUUGAUUGCAUGAUCACAGUGAACGGUUUGACCAAAAAGAGUGUUUUAUUUGUUGUGAAUCAAAACCUACAUAUUUUGGGACUGGACCUGAUCGAAUUGUUCCAGUUUGACACGGUUCCGAUGAAUACGUUUUGCCGUCAGAUUAGUGAAAAAUCAACAGUCUCAAUUGUUAAUCGUCUCAAGGCGAAAUAUCCUUCCGUGUUCAGCUCAACACUUGGCCGCUGUCUUAAGACCAAGGUGAAACUAGAUCUCAAGCCGAACCAGAUACCAGUGUUUCGUCCAAAGCGACCAGUUGCAUAUUCAAUGUACCGCUCUGUCGACGAAGAGCUCGACUGUCUGGAAAGAUUAAAUAUCAUCUCACCUAUCGACUACUCGGAGUGGGCUGCUCCGAUCGUGGUCGUACGUAAGGCAAAUGGUGCAAUUAGGAUUUGUGGAGACUACUCGACCGGAUUGAACAAAGCUUUGCAACCUCAUCAGUACCCCGUUCCGCUUCCGCAAGAUAUAUUCGUGAAACUUGCUAAUUGUAAAUUCUUCAGCAUAAUUGAUAUGUCUGAGUCAUACCUACAGUUGGAGGUAGACGAGGCGUCGAGUUUACUUUUAUCGAUCAAUACUCAUCGAGGCAUUUAUAAAGUGAAUCGUCUAGCACCCGGAGUGAAAACAGCACCUGGAGCAUUCCAGCAACUAGUGGAUACUAUGUUGGCUGGUCGCAAGCAAACUUGCGGUUACAUUGAUGAUAUCAUAGUUGGCGGAACUACUCAGGAAGAGCAUUGGAACAACCUCAACGCACUUUUUCAACGAUUACAAGAAUUUGGAUUCACAGUGCGAUUAGAAAAAUGCUCGUUUGGCUGUAAACAAAUUAAAUACUUGGGGCACUUACUGGAUCAACAUGGAAUACGUCCCGAUCCUGCUAAAAUCGAAGCGAUUAAGCAGAUGCCAGCUCCUACUGAUGUGUCCGGAGUACGUUCGUUUCUCGGAGCUAUAAACUAUUAUGGAAAAUUUGUUCCGAAUAUGCGUUCUCUUCGUUACCCCCUCGACGAACUUCUGAAGACAUCUACCUGCUUCAAAUGGACAUCCGAAUGCGAUCGUGCAUUUAAUACAUUCAAGCAAAUUCUUUCGUCUGACCUGCUUUUAACACAUUACAACCCUUCUCUGGAGAUCAUAGUCUCUGCGGAUGCGUCAUCGAUUGGCCUUGGAGCGACCAUCAGUCAUCGUUUUCCGGAUGGUUCGGUCAAGGUUGUUCAGCAUGCUUCUAGAGCUCUAGCAACCGCCGAGCGCAACUACAGCCAGAUCGAUCGAGAAGGACUUGCCAUCAUAUUUGCGAUUACAAAAUUCCAUCGCAUGCUGUUUGGUCGCAAAUUUCGGCUGCAAACAGAUCACUCACCGCUCCUACGCAUCUUUGGCUCAACCAAGGGUAUUCCAGUAUACACUGCAAACCGUCUACAGCGCUGGGCCCUCACACUACUUAUGUACGAGUUUGAAAUAGAGUAUGUGGCUACAGACAAGUUCGGGCAUGCUGAUAUACUGUCAAGGCUAAUCAACCGCCAUGUAAAGCCCGAUGAAGAUUAUGUCAUAGCAGCAAUGACACUUGAAAAUGACGUCAGGUCAGUAGUUUCCGAAUCCUUCGACGUUUUACCUCUCAGUUUCAGAACAGUACGAGACAGAACUCACAGAGAUCCGGUCCUCAGCAAGGUUUACCGAUUCAUUUAG